CGGAAGAUGAUCCUCUUAUUUCUACCAGCAUGUUUGUUAUUAUCAAGCCUCAACGGUUUAACAGAGGCGAACUUAACGUGUUUACCAAGGAUGAUAUUCACAGAAAAAGAAUCAACAAUGAAACUUGGACACGAUACACCUGUACGUAUUCUCGUGGAAGGAGACGCUGUCACAGCUGUUGGACGAACACACCUGAAGUCAUUCAACUUUCAAGAUCCUAAGAAGGCUCCUGUGGAAAAGAAGGUGUCGUGGAUAGGAUGCAGUCCAGCAACAGGAACAGAUUGCAACUAUAAAAUCUCUGUGGUGGAAGAGACAGGCAAGAGCAAUGAAGUGUUUGUGUGUGGAACCAAUGGAAGGCAAACGUUGUGCUGUAACAUGAUGCUAUCACAGGAGUCAGCCCAGUGCAUUCCCUCUGAUAAUAUGAAGAAUAUUAAAGAAAGCAUACAGGAUUUCAUCAUAAAGGAAGGUGAACCAUCUGUUCUUGUCCUUCCAAAAUCUGCAGGAGAUGAGGCUCUCUUCAUUACACACUCUGGAUCUCAAGUCAGUGUUGGCAUCCACAAGUUUGGGAAAAAUAAAGUUGGACCAGCAACCCACGAUAAAGAGCAGUACUAUGUGGGUUUGGUACGCAGUGAACGGAAAGACGAUGAGUUACAGAACAGAGUUUAUGCCUUCUACAAGGAGAAAAACAAGGACACAAGCUUGGACAGUGAGAUGUGGCUGCCCUAUGUGACCCAGGUUUGCAUGGCAGAUAAUGGUGGGCCCAAGAACAAUCUACAGUUCAGCUGGACGUCCCAGAUGAAUGCCAGGCUCUAUUGUGGAGACCCUGAAAACAGACAGUACUUCUCUGAGCUGAUAGAUGUGGCUACUAUACAUGCAGACCGGUGGCAGGAUACCAGGGUUUAUGCACUCUUCAGAAAUGAAUGGGGUAUGAGUGCUGUUUGUGUCUACACCAUACAAGAAAUUGACAAAGUCUUCACACACUCCACUUUCAAAGGCUCUGACAUGCAAAACAGCAGGUCUAGAACGUGUGUUGCAGAUAGCACAAAGAUGUCUAUAGAUGCCCUGAACUCGAUCAAGACGACCUCAGAGAUGGAGCAGUGGGUCCAGCCUGUGGGAAACUCUGGCCCACUUCUGAUUAAUCGACACAGCUACACUCACAUCCUUGCUGACAGUCCGCAGCAGAAGAGGAAUAAUCACCACCCGGUCCUGUUUCUGUCUCUAAAGAAUGGAGGAGUUCACAAGGUAACGCAGAAUAAAAGUCACGCCUUUGUCAUCGCUGAAAAUCAACCUUUCAACCAUAGAGCCCACAUCCUCAGCAUCACCCUCAACCAACCCUCUAGGAAACUGUAUGUGAGCUCCGCAAGUGAACUGGUCCAACUGGACGUGGCAGACUGUACCCAUUAUGGAGACACCUGCCAGGAAUGUAUCUUAGCCAGAGAUCCGUACUGCGGCUGGAAUGGCGAACACUGCGUCCUUGCAACACAGAACACACUGCAGGAUGUGGACAAUGGGAGCCAUGCUGAAUGCCCUCCUCCAUUAAAGUUUCAAAGCUUCAAAGGAUCAGGCAGCAGUGCAGAUAGCACUAUGGACAGGAUUAAGGUCCCCUCUAAGUCCAAGUAUUUCCUCCAGUGCCCAGUGACUUCCCACCAUGCCCAGUACAUCUGGCGCCAUGAUAAUGAACCAGUACCCUGCAGCGUGAGGGAUCAACAGUGCCUCCUUUUGAUCGACAGCAUGGGUCCUGAGCAGGUGGGAUCUUACAUAUGUGAGUCAGAGGAGAUGGGCUACAGAAAAGUCCUGGCACAGUACCGACUAGAGAUAGGAAGCGGGUCAGGGAUCCGCUCAUCAAGCCCACUGGUCCUGGUUUGUCUAGUGGUGACACUGAUCAAGAGUGUGUCCUGCUGGUCCUGA